GCUCUGAGGGGGAAGUGGCGACACUGAGGGAGAAAUUAUGAACCUUCGGGGAAAUGAUGGCCUUGAGGGAGGAGGGACAAGCCUGAGGGGGAAAUGGCGGCUCUGAGGGAGGAAUGAGAGUCCUGAAAGGGCAGUGGCAGGCCUGAGAGAGAAAGGAUGACCCUGAGCGGAAAAUGGCGUCUGUGACGGACGGGGUGUUGCAGUGAGGGAGAAAUGGCGGCCCCGCCGAGGUGCGCGCAGCCUGCGAGGGCACAACAACAACCCUGAGGGCAAAAUGUCGGAGCCCCGCGGCGGCUCCCUGAGCGGGUCAUGGCCGGCCCGGAACGGAGCAGCCCCGGAACCCGCGAGCGGUUCCGCGGGGCCCGGGCGGGGCUUGCGCCGAGAGCACCGUCCCGGCGCCUUCCUGCGGCCGCCGCUCCCGCUCCGCCGCCCCGGCCCGGCCAUGCCGCGCCUCCUCCUCCUCCUCCUCCUCUUCCUCCUCGUUCCGCACCUCGGCCGCUCCGCCGCCCCCAGCCCGGGGAACAGCACGGAGCCGCCGCGGACGACCACACGGAACGAGACGCAAUCGGGAACGGAGCACGAGCCCGGGCCGAGGCUGUCGGUGGGGUCGGGGCUGCCGGUGCUGAGGCGCGCCGUUUAUGUGCUGAGCGCUCUGUCGGCGCUGGCCGCCUUCUACUUCAUGCUGCGGGCGUUCCGCCCCAGGUCCGAGGGCCCCAGAAACGAGCCCAAAACUCAUUUCAGGUUGAAGAAGCCCCAGAGGAAAAAGUACGGGCUGCUGUCGAGCCAGGACGAGAACAUCGAGCUGGGCUCCCUCGACAGUGAUGAGGACACUGUGUUUGAAAGCCAGAACCUGAGGCGAUGACUCGGGACCAGCGGCACUGGCUGCCUGGAAUGAUGGAGGGUCCAAUCCCAGUGGAAUCUCUAGUACUCAAGUUUUAUAUCUGCUUACAGUGACUUAACUAACAGUUUGAGCCCUUCCAUAGCUGGGGCACGGGAGAGGGGACCAAACCUGUUUUCUUCACGUCCAUUCUUGGGGACAUUUCUGGGGAAACAUGGGAGCUGUUCACUGCACGGGGAAAGGCUGAGGUAAAGGAAAUGCUCUUGGAUGAUUUUCAGCACCUGAAAUCUGAGCUCGAGAGCUGCCCCUGUGCCUCACAUCCCUCUCUCCUUGCCCUGGAAGCAUCGGAUUCCUUCUCCAGGCUGAUCCUCUUUCCUUCAUGCAAUAUCAGGUUACUUCUUUGGGAAGUGUCUCUGUAAUCAGCUUCUGGGAGGAGCUGCGAGAGCUCUGGCUCUGUUACACAAACGGGGCUGGGAGGGUGACAGUUCAGACACAGCAGCUUUGGGAAGGAGUUAAACGAGUUACAUUUUGCAGGAUUGGCAAUUACUGGGACAAUCCAGGUCAUUCACGGCUUUACAGACGUGUUAACGAAUGAAAGGGGCCACAACCCAAAGGAAUCUUUCUCCAAAAGAGCUACCAAAAGAGCUGGGAAUGCCUGGACUCUGCCCAGCCCCAGGUGUGGGUUCACCAGGGACACGCGUGACAUCUGCCAAGCUCUGGAUUUUGUAAUACCUGAGGAAGAGCCAGAUGUGAGCCAGGGAGUGUCUUGGAGCAGCUGAUGACUGGAAAAAAGAGACCCCAACCCCUCUUUACUGUGAUUCAGGGCGACCCUGGAUGAAUUCUCUCCUCUCAAGGACCCUGGAGUUUCAUUCCCUUGGCUGGUUCUCAGCUGACAUCUUUCCUGCAUUGUUACAUGGAUAUUUUGGAUCUGAUUGUGUAGGACCAAAGGUGAAUGUGUCAGGAGGUGGUUAUUGGGUGGAUCUGCUGCUAAAUCGGUGAAAAGUGCUCUCCAAGUGCUUCUGUCUAUGGCCUUUCCUUGGAAACUGGCAGCACAUCCUUAAAUCCCACUUCCCCCCCAAGCUGGUAGUGCCUUUGUUUGGAGAACCCGAGGGAUUUGCCCUGCGGGCAGGGACGGUCCCUGUGGCACCUUUCGGGUGAAAAAAUGAGGAUAUUUACCUUUAGGGUGAAUUUUGGAAUGUCUGGCUCCUUUCGUUUGGCUUGCAAAUCCCCUGUGGAUCAGGGGCACCGGUGACUCUUGGAGAAGGGACAGGGAUGUGCUGAUCAGGGGGAGGCUGGGGGCUGGCAGGUGCUGCAGAAUCUCCCGAGGUAGCUGAGGGAGUGCUGUGAUCCUGUGCAAGCAGCCACGUUUGUCUGUUCAGGACAGGUGAGGUUUCCCGGAGAAAUCCCACGCCCGUGGCAGCUCUGUCUCUCAUGUGCACAAAGGAUUUUAAAAUACAUACAUAUAUAUUUUUUUAAUAACAUUGCCAUGUGCACACAGCGCUUGCAUGUGCCCUGUUUUCCUGUCGUUUGGAUAUUUUCACACCUAUUUUGGGUGUUCCCUGCUUUGUGGCUGCUGCAGAUGGGAGCAGUUCCACGUGGGAAUUGCUGGGAUGGCUCCACCCGGCUGCAGCUUCCCUGGGGAUGAUUUGAGCUCUGUGAGGAUCUUUCUUUAUCCUGCAGGACUGCAUGUGCUGGUAAUUCCCUGGCUCUUUUAUUCCCUCUGAAAAGUUGUUCCUUGUGCUGUUGAAGCCCGACUGUCCCAAUCCACUGCCAUGCUCAGUGUUUGACCAACACAUUCCUCAUCCUUCCUUUACCUGGAGUGAUGCCCCUAAGCAUUCCUUAAGCUCCCCUCUUCUUGGGCAGGUGGGGUUUGCAAUUCUCAAGUUUCCUCACCUCACAGGAGUGGAGCAUUUGUUUAAUGUUAAAUUAUUCAGAUCUGAGGGAACCUCAAGCAGUAGGUCUUGCCUUGAAAAUAAUUCUGGUGGAAUUAAUUUUGGCUGGAACAGAUGUUUGUGUUUGAGGAGGGAAAGGUGUGGAGCAGGUGAUGAGGUGCCUGGGCUGUGCUGUGUAGGUACCAGGGAAGGAAAUUGAAGUGCCAACCUGGAAUUUCUACACCACUUCCACAUCUUCAGUCUUGCUGGCCACCUUCAAAGGGUGCAGGGUACAAAGGUGCUUGUGGGGCUGUCACUUGUCCUGGUCUUGGGCUGAAGACAGGUUGGAGCUGUCUUGAAGCUGUUUCCACUUCCAUUCUGCCCCUCAGCAGCAGCUGGCAUCUGGAUUUGCCCUUUGCAGGCCAUGAUAUUCCAUCCCUACUCUGCUCUGAGUCCUUGGAGACCUUUUUUAAGAAGAGAAAACCAAUGACAGAUCUGAGACUCCUGGGUGCUCAGCCUGAUCCCAUUUCUCCAGGAAGAAUCAGCUGGAUCAGGCACUUCCUGCAGUGUGAGCAGUGCCAGGCCAGGGUAGGGGGUUUUGGGGUGGAUCUUGCAAAUAACAGCAGCUUUGAACACCUCACGUGACAUUUCCACAAAGGAGCAGUUCAGGUGUUCCUUCCAUCACUCUUCCAGUUCCUCCAUGUGUAUUUGAUACCCUUGUUUUAGGUCUCUUUGCCCCAGUUGGAUCUUCCAGUAGCUUUCCAGUUGUAGUUUUUCAGACUAAACACAGGAAUGCAAAUGGACCCACCUGUGCCUGGCCCUGGGCAGGCUGAUGCCUCAGCAGCCACUGCUGCACUUUUCUUUCUCCUGGAUGAAUUAGGGUGUUGGUGGAGGUUCCAUGUGCCUGUUGGUCUGCAGGAUUCCUGCUCAUCCCACCAAAAGGAGCCAAUGGACCACAACCUGUAACAGUCACCACUGUUGUGCAUCGUGACUGAUUACAACAGUCUGCUCUGAAUUAAGCCAAAGCCAAUUUUCCAAAGUUUACACAAUCCCUCUGUUAGCUUGGAGGCUUUCUGGGAUGCUCUGCUGCUGAUACUGGCCUGCCCAAACCUACUGGACCAUCUGCAGGGUUAAUGGGAUCCAUGGGAGCGGGGUGAGAUCAGCUCUGGUGGUUUUGUUCUGUGCCUGGGAUGGGACCUGCAGCCCUGAGAGGUUCUGUGCCUGUGGUGGGAGUCAAUAAACAGCACUUGAGUACA